GUUUGUGGACACGGCCCUUGUCAGCUGACAACAUAACCUCAAAUGUGUAUCCAUAAUCCAUCCGCUCCGGGUUUGAUUCCAGGCGCCCUGCAUAUCGCGGUUUUUCCGCACUGUUUAUUGAUAAAAUUUAUUGACAAAUUAAUUAUGUCGUAUUGUUGAAAGGCUUAAGGCCGUUGCGAAUUGUACGAGGAGUUUAAAAUUGCUGUAUAAUAAGAAAAAAGGCACUGUUUACAAGUUUGACUCUGUUUACAAGUUUGAUUGACAGUAUUAUGAAUUUGGUACAGUGUCUUUGCAUCAUAUUAUCCAAAGGAUAGGACAGAAGGCGCUUAAUUUCCCUCACCCGAGGGAAAAUUUAUAAAAUAACCAUAAUCCAUGAACAAUCUACAAUUACAGUCAAAUGGGCGUCAGCACCAAAACUGAGCAGAGACUACUAUUGUCUUAUUGCUCCUUCACCUGCAUCUACCUUUCUGGAAUUCUGACGCUGGUGAAUUUUAAUGACAAUUUGUACAACGUCGGCAAGUACAAAUUCCUACCCGUGCUGAUGAUACUAACAUUCGCCGAGGUGAUAAAGCUGCUGUUUCCUAUGCUGCAAGCGGAGGCACCUACUAUAAUCAAGAUCGAGCAACGAGUCUAUCCGAAGGCCAAGACAUGCUGGGCGAAGAACCUGAGAGACGUCGUCAAGUUCUCGUUCAAUACGUUUUUUCUAUCAGUAUUUUACUACUUAACAAUCGUGCUGUUCGGCGCACCUAUUUUAACUGAUCACGAGGAGACAACGAUGCUAGUCAUCACCCUGAUCACAUUGACUUACGUAUCCACCAGCUUGCAUUUAGGACAGGACCAUACGGUGGACAUCUUGACAGGGGUUUAUUCCUUGAAGAGCACUAUCCUCUCGAAUGCUUUAAAACUCAACAUACAGAUGACAAUAUUAGGCACUUGGCUGGGCGCUAUUGUCAUCCCUCUAGACUGGGAUCGUCCUUGGCAAGCUUGGCCGAUUCCUUGUGUUAUAGGUGCAUUACUUGGCUACUUGAUCGGCCAUUUCAUCACUCUCAUCAAGAUGCUUCCCUCACUGAAACUAUAUAGGAAAAUCCAUCGAUAAUUGUGGAUAUUUGUGAGAAAAAAGAUAUUCCAGUUUCUCGAAUAAUAUUAUUUUAUUAAAUAAACGGUAUGCUGAUUGUUAUGUUGCAUUUUGAUGAAUAUUGUGUAUAUUAGGUCAUAUAGAAGUAGUUUAAUAUAUUAAUAUAUAAC